AUGCGUGUUUGGAAGGUUACCACUGCUGCCUUCUUGCGUAUGGAGCUGCAGAUGCUAGAGUUCACCAUCCGCUGCUCCUACCUGCAGAUUUACAAUGAGCAAGUCUCCGACCUCCUCGAGCCAGAUUCCGUGAACCUGAAUGUGAGGGAGGACCUGAGGCACGGCAUGUUUGUUGAAGGCCUGCAGGAGGUGGUGGUUUCCACGGCCGACGCCACCUACGCGCUGUUCAAGCGCGGCUCGCAGAACCGGCGCGUGGGGCAGACGGCCAUGAACAUGGAGAGCAGCCGCUCUCACAGCGUGUUCACGAUUGUGGUGGAGACUCAGCGGAGGGACGACGCGGGGGUGAUGAAGAGGCGGACCUCACGCUUCAAUCUGGUGGACCUGGCGGGGUCUGAAAGGCAGAAGCACAGUGAGGCGCAGGGGGUGAGGCUGAAAGAGGCCGGGAGCAUCAACAAGUCCCUCUCUGCACUGGGAAAUGUCAUCAAGGCCUUGGUUGACAUCGCAGAGGGGAAGGUUCGCCACGUGCCCUAUCGAGACUCGAAGCUCACCUUUCUUCUAAGUGGCUCUCUUGGUGGCAACUCCAAGUGCACCCUGUUGGCAGCUGUGAGUCCUGCAGAGCGGAACAUGGAAGAGACCCUGUCUACGCUCAAGUUCGCGCAGCGAGCCAAGCUGAUGCACAACGAGGCGGUAGUGAACGAGCUGAUGAUGGGCAACCCCGCCGUCAUGGGCGAGGAGAUCCGACGGCUGCGCCUCGAGAUCGCCGAACUCAGAGCCAAUGCGACAGCAGGAGUCCCUGGGCAACCGCUGCUCCCACCCAGCCCUUCUCCUGCGCCUAUGUCAGAGAACGAGCGCAUCUGCCGCCUGGAGCAGAUCAUAUCGCAGUCCACGAAGCGGGCUCUGGAGGCGGAGAGGCAGUUGGCGCAGGAGGUGGCGAAGCAGAGCAAGAGAGCCGAGGCCGCUGAGGCCCUGGCGGAAGGGCUCGUGAGGAGCGUGCAGGGGUUGAAGAUGGUGGUGAAGCUGCGGGACGAGAGGAUCAAGCGGGUGGAGGCGCAGGGGAGGUGCGAGGGGCAGGGCGCGCGGGGUGAGGACGUGGCAGCAGUGGAGGAGCUGUCUCAGGAGGUGGAGGUGCUGAGGCGCAUGGUGGAGAGGAACCCCGACGCCAUCCGCUUCCAGCUGGAAGUUGACGUCUGCAAAGCGCGCAUAAGCGAGCUGGAGGAGCAGCUGCAGACGGGUACAAGCGAGGCAGAUAAGGUGGCCGCACUGGAGCGCCUCAACAACGCCCUGAGGGAGGAGCUCAAGGAGGCGUUCGAUGAGAACGAGGCGCUGAGAAGUAAAGAGGAGGCGCUGCAGAGAGAGAAGGAGGAGCUCCGAGCCAAGCUCGUUGGCAUGGAGGAGCAUGUGAAGAAGGUGGCGGCAGUGGCGGAGCAGUACCGCUUGGAGGUGAACAACACACGGCAGCUUCAGCGCAGCGUCAACGACCGCAAGCACGAGUUUGACGAUGCGCGUGUGCGGUGUGGAGAGGCAGAAGCGAAGGUGGGGAAGCUGCUGCAGCAGCUGGUGGCCACCCAGCAGGCGGAGUCGGUCCUCAAGGUGCAGGCUGCGGAGCACCACGCUCAGAGCGCCGCCCUCACUCGGGAGCUGCAGGCGUGCAAGGCCGAGCUGGCGAGGAGCGUGGCGGAGAGUGAGAGGAGCGCAGCUGAAGCAGCACAGCUGCGGGCGGAUUUGGAAGUUCUGCGGAAGCAGGUGGAGGGGUUGGUGGAGGAGAGGGCGAAGGCUGAGGGACAGGCGGCAGAGGCAAAGGCUGCUGGGACGGAGAAGGAGAGGGCUUGGGAAGAAGAGCGGAAAGCGCUGGAGGAGGCAUUGGAAGAGAUGAGGAGAGCGCAGGUGGAUGCGGAAGCUGCUGGCAGGGAGAAGGUGCGGGAGCUUGAACAGCAGAAGACAAUGUUAGAGGAGGAGGUAGAGGGGACGAGGCGAAAGGUGAUGGAGAUUGAGGAUGCUGGGAAGGAGAAGGAGGGGGCGUUGGCAGAGCAGAAGAGGGCGUUGCAGGAGGAGCUUGAGGGGAUUAAGAGCAAGCAGCAGGAGAUGGAAGAUGAGGGGAAGGAGAAGAUGAGGGAGCUUGACGAGCAGAAGAGGGUGUUAGAGGAGGCGCUUGAGGGCAUGAAGGGCAAGCAGGUGGAGCUGGAGGAGAAGGUGCAGGCGCUAGAGAAGGAGAGAGAGCUGCUGUGGGCUGCAGCAGAGCAAGGCGCAGGGAACAACAGGGCAGCUGGUGAUGCUGACGGCGCUGAUGGUGCUGAUGCUGCAAAGAAGCGGUCGGAGCUGGAUGAGAGGAUAGAGAGGCUGGAGGAGGAGCUGAGGACGGAGAGGGGGCGGGUGAUUGACCUAGCAGAGAAGGUGGGCGAUAGGGACGGGCUGCUGGAGGCUGCUUGCGAGAGGCAGAGGCGGGCAGAGGAGGCGGCUGAGAGGGCGAGGAGGGAGGCGGAGGAGUUCGCUGCUGGGGGGCGCAAGCUGCAGGAGGUGAACCUGGCGCUGGAGGAGCAGCUGUGCUCGACGCUGCAGGAUCUGCAGGAGGCAAAGGAACGGGUGGAGCGGAUGGAGCAGGAGAAAGUGGAGCUCCGUGACGUGACCAACAGGACAAGCCCUUCGCGAGGAGCAGACAAAGGCAGCAAUGAUGCACUCGCAGGAGCCGCUGGUUCUGGCCCCAGCCCAGUUCGCCUCGGCACAGCAGCAGACAUGCCCGCGCUACCUGCCUCCGCUUCUGCCGAUGCGUUCCUCGCAAACAGGUGGACUCUUCCCUUUGCUGGAGACAACGUUUCUGCCAGUGCAGAUAUGGACAGCGACCUGCUCAGAUAUGCAAUCACGGGGGCGGCGGGAGGUCAUGCAGGGGGCGAAGGAGGAACGCAGGGCGCGCUGGGGCGACGGAUGGAGAAGAAGAAGCGGCGGAGGAGCGCGCCAGUGAGCCAAGCAGAAGCGCAGGCGGAGAAGCUGAGGCUGAUGGAGGUGCAGGUGCGGCACAUGGUGAAGCAGCUCGCUGCUGCGCACGCCCAGGUGAAGAGCCUGUCCGGUAGGAUGCAAAAAGCGGGUCCGCUUAUGGUGAGGAUGCGGGAAGUGGUUCAGCAGCUGCGGGCGAAAGGGCAGGCGCUGGAGCUGGCACUGCUGCAUACGCUGGAAAGGGAGGCGGAGAGGGAGCAGGCGGAGGAGGAUGAGAAGGAGGAGGUUGGGCUGAUGUACCUGGAGCUGGAGGCGCAGAGGGAUAGGUUGAGGGAAGAGAGGUAUAGGUUGAGGAAGGAGAGGGAUGAGUUAAUAGAGGAGCUGAUGGUGGUGGGGCCGAGGAACGCGGUUCUUUGUGAGGAGUUGAGUGCGGUGAAGGCGAAGCUGGAAGCGGCCAGGUGGGAGAUGGGUGGGAUGGAAGAGGAGCGGGCUAGGCUGCGGAGCAAGUUGGCUAGGCUGAGUCGUAGGCUGGAGCAGCUGGUAACGGGGAGAACGGCAGUGGGUGGACCCCUUGAAAGUCAAAUUAGGGUAGAGCAUGCAGUUGACGUGGAGGUUGCUGCUGACGUGGAGUAUGCGGAUGAGGAGGAGCUCAUGGCUGACGUGGAUGAAGCGCUGGCUGUUGUGAGGGAGCAUGUGGCGGAGGUGGAGAGCAGGAACAGGCAGCUGGCCGAGCAGGUGAGGACGCUGGAGCAGCAGUGCGAGAGGCUGCAGGCUAAGGCUGAGGGGGUGGGCAGCAGCAAGACGAGGGCGGUGAGGGCUGUGAAUAAGAGCGAAAACGAGGAGCUGCAGGGCGGUGGGUUGGGCGUGAAGGCUGAGGGUGGGCCACAGCAGGUAGAUGGAGAGCAGGAGCGUGAGAAGAAGGGCGAUGGGCACAAGGGGGAAGAGCAGCAGGGGCUGGAGCAGAACCGGCUCGUUGGGCAAGUGCAGGAGCUGUUGGCGCGUCUGGCUGCUGCAGAGGAGCAGACAAAGAGCACCAUGGGCCGGGCUGCUCUGGCCGAGCAACGGUGCAGCGAGAUGCACGCCCGCGUUGCUGCAGUGGUGGCUCGGGAGAGAGCACUGCAGAAGCUGCUGGUGAGCCCGCUGCUAAGAGACGCAGGAGUUGGGGGCAGAGGGAUGAUGGGAUUAGAAGGUGGGGACGAGAUCGUGGAGGGUUGGAAGGCGAGGUGGCGGCAGCUGGAGCAGGAGCAGGGGGAGCUGGACUUACACCUGACGCAGAACAAGGUAGAGGACCAGGAAGGCGAGGGGGAACAGGGGCAUGCGGAUCAGGGAUGUGGGCAGGGAGGGGUGGAAUGCGGUGGAGAGGCUGGUGCGGUGGGUGGAGAUGUGGGGCCGGAGCAGAGGCGCAUGCAGGUGGAGGAGGUGCGCGGGGUGGUGGCUCAGGUGGUGCUGCUGGAGAGCCUACUGGCCCUGGUGCUGUGCCGGGCUGGGCUCAACGGCCUCUUCUCCCGCAUGGGACCCAGGAUGGGAGCAGGAGGGAUGGUGGAGGGAGGAGAGAUGGUGGGGACAGGAGGGGUAGAAGGGGAAGGUGGUUCGCUGGGCGAGGGAGCCUCAGGUGCUGGUGCAUGUGAGGGAGAGGUUGAGCCUAAGGGGGUGGAUGGGAUGGGGAAGGCAGAAGUGAGCGGGUCCGGGAAGGAGGAGGGGACAGGGCAAGAAAGGGAAGGAGAGGAAGGAGGGGGAGAAAAGCAAGGAGGGGGAACAGAACAAGUGGAGGAGGUGCUGAACGCGCUGCAGAAGCAGAGGGUGCUGCUGCUGGGGUUCUUGGGCGUGAAGGCUGAGGAAAGCAGCAAGCUAGGGCAGAAUGACCAAGAGAGAGAGUCGAGGAAUCUGGCAAGCGAGGAGGCAGAACGAGCUAUAGCGAGUCCCAGUGAGGGGCCAACCCUCCCCGCUCCGGCCUUGGUAUCCAGGCAAGUCAGAAUCACACAGCAGCUGGUGCGAGCAGGAUUCGAUGCCCUCAUGGCAAACGAUGACACCUGCUGGCUGCGAGGGUCCGUUCUGAGAGGCGUGUACGCCCUGAGGAAGCUGGUGGAGGAGGUGGAGGGCAAGGUGGGCGCGUGGGAGGCGCAGUGGGGUGAGCUGGAGCGGGCCUUCCAGCAGCAGAACCGGGAGUUCCUGGAGGUGGGGCGGGCGCUGCAGCGCGUGCAGGGGGAGAAGCGGGCAGUGGAGGGAGCAGUGAGGGAGAGGGCGGAGGAGGAGGUGGGGAGGCAGCAGGUGGUUGAGAGGACGGUGCGUGUGGCAGCUGAGGCAGUGGAGGUGGAGAAAGAGAUCGAGGAGAAGCGGCAGCAGGUGGCAGUGGCUACAGUGGGCGAUGCUGCAGCGUGCUCUGGGCAAGGAAGCGAGCUGAGCAGCCGUUUGGAGAAGGAGGUGGAAUGGCUGCAGCAGGUGAAGGACGCAAAGGAGAGGGAGGUGGUGUUGCUGAUGAAGCGCGUGACGGGGAUGGAGCUGCAGGGCAGAACGCAGUGGGAGCAGGCAGUGCAGCGGCAGGAGGCUGCUGUGAAGCAGGUGGAGGGGCUGACGCAGCAGCUGAGGGAGGCGCAGCAGCAGUUGGGCGGGAAGAGUGCUGAGGUGGAGAGGCUGGUGUGGCGGGUGGAGCAACUGGAAGAGGAGGUCAAGGCCAAGGUGAGGCGUCUUGGUGGCUUGUAG